AAAUAUGGAGUUCGAAGCAUUUGGAAGUCAGGGCUCCUCUGAACUGGUUCCAUGUAGUGUAUGCGGCAGAUCCUUCAAUCCAGAAUCUAUUGCCAAGCAUGAAAAGAUUUGUAGGAAAGCUGAUCUUGGUUCCAAAAGGAGGAAAGUAUUUGACUCUGGUAAACAGCGCGCCAAAGGAACUGAAAUACCAGUCAGCAAGACAAAUAGACCAGGACAACAACCAAAGGUCCGAAAAGUACCAGCACCUGUGAAGCAAUCAAACUGGAGACAGAACCAUUUAGAUUUUAUUAAUGCUAUAAGAUCAGCUAGAGGUGUUCAGCAUGCAAUGAAGACAGGUGGUCCGCUUCCUCCUCCGCCUCCACCGUCCAUCAAUCCAGAUUUCAUUGAGUGUCCCACAUGUCACAGGAGAUUCAAUCAAAAAGCUGCAGCUCGUCAUAUGCCAUUCUGUGCAGAGAGAUCCAAGACAUUUGGAGCACCUGUUAAACCACUACAGAAAAGAGCUGCAGCCAAUCUAGAUGGAAGUAGUACAGGAGCUAGAAAAGCAUAUGAUAAUAAAGUCGUGAGAAAAAAGUCGGGGGCCAAUCCUUAUGCCUACGCCGAUACCCAGAUGUACAAUACUACUUUUGGUCAGCCAGGUGCACAGGAGUAUCCAACCAGAGGGCAGGCAUUAAACCAAUCACCAGGCUCUUCAGCAAGGCAGAGAUCCCAGAGAGGUGGAGGCAAUGUUUCAGUUUCUCGUAAUGAGGGUGUCGGCCCUAAAUAUUCAACAGCCAGAUCAGCUAGUACAUUGAAAUCAGGAAACAGACAAUCUCCAGCUGCUGCUAUGGCAACACAACAUAGGGCCAAACAGUCUGGACACAUCAGGUUUGCUGAUCAAGAUGGCGAAAUGCUAGCGUCUGACAUGAGAAAACCCAGUAGUGGGCAGGGUAACACUAGCUGGUAUGGAAAUCAAGGCACCUACCGACAAACGAAAGCAAGUCAGGCCCGUCAGCAAGCAUCACAAAAACGAUCUGUUCAAGCAAAACCAGAAGCUACAUUUGAAACAACUACGCCACUGGAUGAGAAUUUCAGAACGUCUUCGCCAAAUAUGACAUCACAAAAUACAAAAUCCCCAUCAACAAGUGCAGUUCGCAGGCUACCACAAAUGUCACCACGCAUCAACGCCACUCUGAAUGGAAAUGCUGGUGGUGGAAAACCUUCUCCGUUUUGUCAUGAUUGUGGUACAAAGUAUCCCGUGGCAGAGGCACGAUUCUGCUGCAGCUGUGGUUGCAAGAGGGCAUAUAUUGGUUGAUAUUGUCCUUAUUUAUUUCUGCGUAUAUUUGCUAGCUGCCUUCCAGGGAGCCUAAAGAAGUUGAUAUUGCCUUCAUCAUAAGGCAUUCUAUUCAUGUAUACCGUACAUGUAUAUUCUAGAUUCCUUCCAAAGAGCCUAUAUCAGUUGAUAUUGCCCUCAUCGUAAUGCAUUCUGUCCAUGUAUAUUUUGUAGCCAUCUUCCAGAUCAAUAUUUAUUGACAUUGCCUAGUUAGUUUAUUCUGUAAUGUAGAUAUUUUCUAGCCUCAUCUCAAAGGACAUUAUAUCAGUUGAUAUUGCCUUACAGACAGUCUUUGUGUAUAUAUUUUGUAGCCUUCAAAGUUAAUAUUGUGGAUAUAUAUUCUGUAAAUGUAUACUUUUUAUUCUAUGCAGUCUUCUAUUGAUACACUAACGUGCCAAGAGACUUUGAUUCUGUGUUCACCCACUCUAUAUAGGGCUUUAUACAGAUAUAUCAGUAAAGUGUAUUUAAAAUUUGAAUUUUUUAUAUUAAUGAUUGUAAAGUGUAAAUUCAGAAAUUCAAUCACAAAUACUGGAUUAAAAUCACAGUUUAUGUAAAACGAAAGACAGAUUAAAGGGCGAUGGUCGUUGUGCCAUGCAUGUACGAUAUAUGGGUCUCAUAUAAACAAAGAUGGCGACUUUGACUGUUGCGCAGAUCAACGAGUACAAAUUGGGACAUUAUCAAGCUUUAAUUGGGUAAUAUUCAGGUGAUUGGAAGGUAUCCAGUAGGCACCGGUGGUAAUUAGUGCAAGACGCACCAAGGUCAAAACUCGUACUCAUGAUUACAUUCUAAAAAUGCAUUGGAUUGUGGGAAAAUCAAUGUUUAUCAGCACAAAAGUUGCACAUGCUGGGCGCGACGACCACCACCCUUUAAUAAGGGUAUACAACAUAAACAUUGGUCUCCCUGGUGCAGUCCAAAAAAUUGACAACCUCUGAAUAUACUUUUGAUUGAUUUAUACUGUUCACUGGCAUACAUACUGAUUGAUUCUGAUCAUGAAAAUAAAAUUCCUGCGCGUCAAAAUACUGUGUGAUUUAACAAUUUUAUCAAACUUUUUAAAUAUUUUGAUUUUGUUUAUAAUGAAUAUUUAUCUUCACUUCAAAAAUGCCUUGUGAAAAUACAGCUGGAAUAGCUUUACAAAGCAAAGAAAUGGUACUCCAGUUUACAUGGCGAAGCUUUGUAGUUAUAUUAGUAUACUGUAGAAUACUUUAUUUUUGCUUGGAAUUUAUUUUCACUGAAGGUAUGCUUCAUUAAAAAUAAAUUCCAGCGAAUAUACAUUUUUCCUAUAUUUCACAUUCAACUUGUCAAAAAUCCAUGAAAUUAAAUUCCAUACAAAAUGACCAAAAUGAUUUUUCAGCGGAAAUUAAGGUAUUUUACAGUGAUAGGAACACGCCAUAUUUUAUAUAUAACUUAAACUGUAAAUACUGAUGAAUAUUUUUUUAAGCUGUAUAAUCUAUUGCUAGCAUCAUUUGCAAAUUCUACUUCCAGCACAGUGAUUAUUUUAU